UAGAUUUAAAACAUAAAAUAAACUAUUCAAAACGCUGCCAUCAUGAAGUGCAAAAAGAUAAUCUUGAAGCAAAUGUAUAAUGGGUUUCCAAAAAAGUCUGAUUUUGAGAUUGUUGAUGAAGACGUUGCUGAAGAUCUACAAAAUGGAGAAUUUCUCUACGAGUCUCUCGGAAUCAGCGUUGAUCCGUAUAUAAGAGCAUAUGUCGGGGCUGUAUACAAGCCUGGGGAUACAGUAAUUGGAUCUGCACUUGUACGGGUGACAAAAAGCAAAAACGAAAAAUUUCAAAAGGGAAAACUUCUUGUUCUACAUUGUGGAUGGAGAAACGGUGGUAAAGCCAAAGAGAGUGACGUGUUUUUUGUGCGAGAUGACAUGCCAGCAUCAGUACCAGAAUCAGCGGGCCUUGGAUUAUAUGGAAUCGCUGGACUGACAGCCUGGAUCGGAUGGAUACUCGUGUGUAAAAUAAAAGAAGGGGAAACAAUUUUUAUCAGUGGCGCAGCCGGAGCAGUCGGAAAUGUUGCAGCUCAGAUUGGAAAAAUUAAGGGAUGCACAGUUGUUGGAUCUUGCGGAACAGACGAAAAAGUAGAAUUUUGUAAGAAAAUUGGAUAUGACGCAGUGUUCAACUACAAAAAAGAGUCUGAAAGUUUGGAUGCAGCUAUCAAACGGGUUGCCCCGAAAGGAAUAGAUUGCUACUUUGACAACGUUGGAGGUUCUUUCUCAAGUACUAUUUUACGUCACAUGAAUUCUGGUGGACGAGUGGGAGUAUGUGGAUCUAUAUCUGCUUACAACGAAACUACUCCUGUAUUAGCUCCCAUUCUUCAACCUACCAUCGUUAGAAAUGAACUGAUGUUGCAAGGAUUCCAUUUAAGAUCUUAUGUGAGUAAACAUAAGGAAGCAUAUGAAGAUCUGAAAAAAUGGACGAUUGAGGGAAAGAUGAAAAAUUACGAAAAAGUUACAAACGGCUUCGAAAACGUUCCCGAUGCAUUUAUUGAUAUGUUGCGAGGAGGAAACGUUGGCAAAGCGGUUGUCAGGCUGUAAAUUUCAAAUACCAUACCACCAUCAUCAUUAAUAAUUCGUUUAUAUCAAUUUUGCAAUAAUACAAUUUGAUUCGUACGUCCGCAAUGACCAUAUUUUUAAUGAUUCUGGAUCUUAUAUUACACCGAGAAGAAUCAAUACAUAGAAAACAGAUGAUACCUUGUUUUAGAUUGUGACGUAACACAUUGUGAUGGCGUCAUAAUAUCAUGGGUAAACCGGGUUGUCGAGAUUAAUAACAAUUUAAAAAUAUCAUCAUCAAAUAUGAGCCCUUCUAAGCAAAUCGAAACUGAAUCGGUGUUCAUAAGGUAUUAUUGACUGCAUAUCGACUGCAUUAUGUUAUAUUACUGAUCAAUAUGAAUUCAGUUUAUCGUCACAUGUCUUGUUACAAUAUCAAUGAUUAAAUUAUUUGCACUGUGUAA